ACUCAACUCACAGGCAGGACAUAGAGAGAGAGACCCAGUGAAGACCUUUGAAGAAGUGAAGCGACAACUGAAGACUUCAGAAGACUAUCACCAUGGUGACAUUGACCAUCAUUCUGCUUGUCAGCACAGCUUUUGUUCUGGGAGACACCCAUGUUCCCAUAGAUGGCAUCUUCCACCUCAAGACCCCAUGUGAGCUUGCUAGAGAUGCCGCGACACAUGGCCCAAUUGGAGGCUUCAUCCCCACUUGUGACUACAAUGGACAAUACACCCCUGAGCAAUGUUGGGGCUCUACAGGUUACUGUUGGUGUGUGAACAGUUCUGGACAGAAGAUCCCGGAUGUGGACGUAGAUGAAAAGCGUUGGAACGAAGACGUUGAAGACUUGACAGUUGUCUUUGCUGUACUACAGGAACUAAUUCACUUUACAUACAAAUAAAAUGAAUCCAGAGA